GAUCGAGUGUUGAACCGCUGCCCCUUUCUCGGGACAAGCCUUUAUCAGUCUGCAUCGCUCUAACCGUUCCUUGCCUUAGUGUGCUCGCUAGCCGAUAGAUUUGGCAGAUUGUCACUCUGCGUGCAACUCUUGCCCCAUCAGUCAGUUAUAAUACGCCCAGCGCAGGCAACUUUAAUUUACCUACCUACGCUACCCUUCUUGCCUCGAUCAAGUUUGCUGCUUCUCUUGAUUCCUCCCUCCUCCUCAGCCUCAAUUGACCAACUCACGGCGCAGAGAGUAACCAGCCUGCGUUGCUCGAGUCGGAUUCAACAUCAAAAGCUUCAGGGCCACCCAACUCCUCGUCAAGUCGCAAUUUCAACCUUCACCGCAGAACCUCAAAGGAACCCCGCCAAUAGCCCGUCGAUGGCUUUAUAGGAUCUAUUGAGUGCCUCCGAAUUCAACAAAAAUGGUUCGCUCAUUACUUGGAACGUUUUUCGUUCCCACGAGAGCCCGCGGUGCUUCCACCACAGAAGCCCCUGCGACUCCGGUUUGGGUGAAUAAGAAAGUCACUCCCCUCCUCCAAACUCUCUCUCGCCGAGCAUGUCUCCACCCCAUACACACAAUUGUUAUUGUUGCGGUCCUAGCAAGCACGACAUAUAUUGGACUUCUCGAAGGCAGUUUAUUCGAGACUGCGACGACGCUUGGAAAGGCGGAUUGGACAUCAUUGAACGAAGGAAGCAGACAGUUAAGGGUUGGUGCGGAAACGGGGUGGAAAUGGCAGACAUCAGAGACAGAAGCUCCAGUGUCCAAGGAUGUGGAUCACCUGGCUCUUUUGACGUUUGUCUUCCCGGAUUCUCUGGCUGCUUCUUCCCCACAGAACGCACCAUUGUCGCAUACCAUUCCUCUUCCCCAAAAUCUUUCCGUCACAGAAUUGCCUUCGACUUCCAAUCCACUUUCUGCAAUCUCUCAGGACACGUCUCUAGCAUAUUCAGUACCUUACGACCAAGCUGCCGAAUUUCUAGCGAGUGCUCAAGAGCUCCCAAAUGCUAUUACUUCGCCAAAGGAUGAAAGUGCCCGCCAUGGUCAGGAAGCAGAAGCUAUCAAGGAGCAAAAAAUGUGGAUUAUGAAGGCUGCAAAGUCUUCUACCACCAACAACAGUGUGAAAAACUGGGCCUCGAAUGCCUGGACCGAGUUCGUGGACUUGAUUAAGAACGCCGAGACUUUGGAUAUCAUCAUCAUGGUUUUGGGUUAUAUUUCUAUGCACCUGACCUUUGUUUCUCUCUUCGUUUCCAUGCGCCGUAUGGGAUCGAAUUUUUGGUUAUUCGCCACGACUCUGUUUUCUUCGGUAUUCGCAUUCCUCUUUGGUCUUAUUGUUACAACCAAGAUGGGUGUCCCUUUGAACAUGGUUCUCUUGUCUGAAGGUCUUCCUUUCUUAGUCGUCACUAUCGGAUUUGAGAAGGCAAUUGUUUUGACAAAGGCUGUUCUCUCUGCGUCUCUAGAGACGAGACGACCCCAACCACAAGGCAGCCCGAAACUUGCAGGAGCAGAUCAAAAGUUUGGCGUUUCGCCAACAUCAAUUCAGUAUGCUGUUCAGGUCGCCAUCAACGAGAAAGGAUACGAAAUUGUCAGAGAUUACGUUAUUGAGAUUUGUAUUCUGGUAGCUGGAGCUGCAUCUGGCGUGCAAGGAGGACUGCAACAGUUUUGCUUCCUGGCCGCUUGGAUUUUGGUCUUCGACUGUAUCCUCCUCUUUACAUUCUACACCGCAAUUUUGAGCAUCAAGCUCGAAAUCAACCGAAUCAAGCGCCACGUUGCACUCCGCCAAGCCUUGGAAGAUGAUGGAGUCAACCACCGUAUUGCUGAAAAUGUUGCUGAGAGCGAUGAGUGGCCUAAAGCCGAUAAAUCUGGAAACAACGAGACCAACAUCUUUGGUCGCAAAGUUCGAGAUAGCAGCGUUCCAAAGUUCAAAGUUCUCAUGGUUUCCGGGUUUGUCAUUGUCAACAUUCUCAACCUUUGCACGAUUCCCUUCCGAGGGGGAAAAAGCAAUGCUGAAGCCCCAUCUGUAACCGGACUCUCUGGACAGGGAUUCGCCAAUGUUAUGACUCAACCACCAAUGGACCCAUUCAAGGUGGCGUCAAACGGUCUUGAUGCUAUUUUCGAGAUGUCGAAGUCUAAUGACAAAUCUACUGUCGUCACAGUUCUUACCCCUAUUAAGUACGAGCUAGAAUAUCCUUCGGUCCAUUAUGGAAACAUGGCCCCUCGUGACCCUGUUGACAUUCAGAACGCCGACGACAGCGAGUAUGGUCGUGUUGUUGACAGUCUCUUGAAGAGUCUCGAGGACCCAAUUCUCUCUAAGUGGAUCGUGUUCGCCCUUGCCCUCAGUGUUAUUCUUAACGGGUAUCUGUUCAAUGCCGCCAGAUGGAGCAUCAAGGAGCCUAUUCAGAUGCCGCCUCACCACGCUGUCGAUCCUGCUGAACUCCACCGUGCGGAACGUUUCAAUGAUGCGGCUACUGCGCAGCCUCCUAGACUUCCAGCUAUUGGCAAUGGUGCAGCAGAUGCGAUUCUCCCCUUAACACCAGCGACUACAGACGAUGAAGAGGAUGGAUUGACCAUGCGAAGACGCCAACCGGAACCCGUCACAGAUUCCCAACCAGCUCUUCGACGAACACAAGCUGAAAUGGAGCAGAUGCUCAAGGAGAAGCGCGCUCGUGAGCUUACUGAUAGGGAAUUGGUGGAGCUGUCACUUCAAGGCAAAAUUGCCGGAUAUGCUCUAGAAAAGACCCUUGGUGAUACCACCCGCGCAGUCAAGAUCAGGAGAUCGAUUAUCUCACGUACCCCAGCCACUGCCGAAACUACCAGCCUCUUGGAGAGCUCGCUGCUUCCAUACGAACACUAUGACUUCGAUCGUGUUCUCGGUGCAUGCUGCGAGAAUGUUGUUGGUUACUUGCCUCUUCCACUCGGUGUCGCCGGCCCCAUUGUCAUUGACGGCCAAAGUUUCUUUGUUCCCAUGGCCACCACCGAAGGUGUUCUAGUCGCAAGCACAAGCAGAGGAUCUAAAGCUAUCAAUGCUGGAGGCGGCGCUACUACUGUACUAAUCGGCGAUGGAAUGACUCGCGGUCCUUGUGUCUCCUUCGAAAGUCUGGCUCGUGCAGGUGCUGCUAAAGUCUGGCUCGACUCAAAGGCUGGCCAGAAGAUCAUGACGGAUGCUUUCAACUCCACCAGUAGAUUUGCCCGACUACAAUCGAUCAAGACGGCUCUGGCAGGUACAUACUUGUAUCCUCGAUUUAAGACCACUACUGGAGACGCUAUGGGAAUGAACAUGAUAUCAAAGGGUGUGGAACAUGCUCUUAGUGUCAUGGCCACUGAAGCCGGCUUUGAUGAUAUGGAAAUUAUCUCGGUUUCAGGAAACAUGUGCACUGACAAGAAAGCUGCGGCUAUCAACUGGAUUGACGGCCGGGGUAAGAGUGUUGUUGCAGAAGCUAUCAUUCCUGGAGACGUCGUUCGCAAAGUUUUGAAGUCUGACGUCGAUGAACUGGUUGAAUUGAACAUUGCCAAGAAUCUUGUUGGCAGUGCUCUUGCUGGAGCUAUGGGUGGAUUCAAUGCUCAUGCUGCCAAUAUCGUCGCUGCGAUCUUCUUGGCCACUGGACAAGAUCCUGCUCAAGUCGUUGAGAGUGCCAAUUGCAUUACCUUGAUGAAAAAUCUCAAUGGUGACCUCCAAAUUAGCGUCUCCAUGCCUUCGAUUGAAGUCGGUACUCUCGGUGGAGGCACCAUUCUUGAGCCACAAGCUGCCAUGCUAGACAUGCUAGGCGUUCGAGGCUCACACCCAACAAACCCCGGUGACAACGCUCGCAAACUUGCACGCAUUAUCGCAGCUGCUGUUCUGGCAGGAGAGUUGUCACUUUGCAGUGCUUUAAGAGCCGGCCAUCUGGUUAAGAGUCACAUGGCGCACAACAGAAGUGCGCCAGUGACGCGAUCAAAUACCCCUGCUCCAGCUGGUGUUCAAACACCCGUCACAUCAGCAAUCGCCUCAAUGCAGGAGAGAGCUGGUCUGGCCAUGUCACCCGCAGCAACACAGAGGGCUGCUGAGGUGAGAAAAUAGUCCCUAGUAUUGUACAGAGAAGAACAGAUGCAUUGGCAUACACUGGAGUUUUGGGGCAGGCAUUCAGCGUUUUUUGCUAGGGUUGAAUAGCCCUUGAUUUUUCGAAAGUGCUCCAAGGAAGAGCAAAUCCAUGCAUGGAUCGUUGCAGACAAAGCUUUCUUCGUGUUUUCAGCAUUGGCCACUAGAAUGGCCAAUGUAAAUAGAAAAAAUAUAGAUUAAUAUAUGAUCGAUUGAACC